GGGAGACGGGCACUGAGCUUCUGACGGUGACGCACUUGCUGGAGAGUGUGGGGUGACACAGCCGGGCUCGCCCCAUAACUGGUGACCGGGGGUGCCCCAGAGGCUUUGGGUCGACGGAGCCCACACCUGUGAACCUCGGCAGUGCGUCCCGGGGACUCUGCUCUGUGAGGUGCACUCUGGGGGUUGUGUGGGGCGGCGGUCAGGACGGGUCUCCGUGGCCCAUGGAUGCACCUUUGCACUGUGUGGGGUGGCGGGGCCCACAGCGUGGCUCUGCUGGGCGUUAGUGUGUAUGAGGGGCGCAGAUGGGUCUCGGGAUAGCGUGUGCUGUGGUGAGGCUGAGCCGUCCGUGCAGGCUUGUGCUGGGAUGGGUGAUCGGGCCUUCUGGGUGACGCAGGUGUGUGUGACAGCGCAACCUGUGGCUCCAGCGCCUCUACUGCUUCACCUCCUAACCAAGUGGUACCUGCCUGAGAACAAGGGCCGCAGAGGGACGUGAGUGCCUGAGCCUCGCCGGGAAAUUCACCAACAACAAGGCAGAAACAGCCAUGAGGUGACGCUUUCAGAGCCAGAAGUGCUCUCCAUGCAGGCCUCAUGAGUGACGAGAUGGUGGCCUCAGGAGUAGAAUUCCUCCUAUAGAGGAACACGUGCCUGAUGUGGGAGACAGGGGGAGGGGCAGCUCCACGCUUCAUCAUCUCAGUCAUCUCAGCUUGCUCUUCAGGAAUCUCCCAGAAACUCCAUCUCGGGGCCUUGUAUUUCUCUUUGGUUUUAUUAGAUAUGGCAGGUGUUACCCUUCUGGUUCUGUUUCCCCCAGGCCAGCAUCCUUCAGGAAAAGCAUCCCCGAGGAGGAAGACAAAUCAUUAAACAUCCUAAAGGGUCAGGCCAGCAUCCUUCAGGAAAAGCAUCCCCGAGGAGGAAGACAAAUCAUUAAACAUCUUAAAAGGUCAGCUCUAGCCUCUCAGAGUUUGUGUCUUCUUCAGUGGAAACCCCAAGAAGACUGAUCAGUUCUUCAAUUCUAAAACAAUGGCCCAGGGUUUGGUGACAUUCGCCGACGUAGCCAUAGACUUUUCUCAGGAGGAGUGGGCCUGCCUGAACUCCGCUCAGAGGGACCUGUACUGGGAUGUGAUGCUGGAGAACUACAGUAACUUGGUCUCACUGGAUUUGGAGUCAGCAUAUGAGAAUAAGAGUUUACCUACAGGAAAAAACAUUCAUGAAAUAAGGGCUUCCAAAAGGAAUUCAGAUAGAAGAAGUAAAUCCCUUGGCCGUAACUGGAUAUGCGAAGGUACGCUUGAAAGACCGCAGCGCUCGAGAGGGAGGUAUGUCAAUCAAAUGAUCAUCAAUUAUGUAAAAAGGCCUGCUACUAGAGAAGGUACCCCUCCUCGACCACAUCAGAGACAUCAUAAGGAGAAUUCCUUUGAAUGUAAGGAGUGUGGGAAGGCCUUUAGUCGUGGCUAUCAACUUAGUCAACAUCAGAAAAUCCAUACUGGCGAGAAACCUUAUGAAUGUAAAGAAUGUAAGAAGGCCUUCCGUUGGGGCAAUCAGCUUACUCAACAUCAAAAAAUUCAUACUGGGGAGAAGCCGUACGAGUGUAAAGACUGUGGGAAGGCUUUUCGAUGGGGUUCAAGCCUCGUUAUUCAUAAGAGAAUUCAUACUGGUGAAAAACCCUAUGAAUGUAAAGACUGUGGAAAGGCCUUUCGGCGUGGUGAUGAGCUCACUCAGCACCAGAGAUUCCACACUGGGGAGAAAGACUACGAAUGCAAAGACUGUGGGAAGACCUUCAGCCGUGUGUAUAAACUUAUUCAGCACAAGAGAAUUCAUAGUGGGGAGAAGCCUUACGAGUGUAAAGACUGUGGGAAGGCCUUUAUUUGUGGUUCAAGCCUCAUUCAGCAUAAAAGAAUUCACACAGGUGAGAAACCCUACGAAUGUCAAGAGUGCGGGAAGGCCUUCACUCGAGUCAAUUACCUCACUCAGCAUCAGAAGAUCCACACCGGUGAGAAGCCUCACGAGUGUAAGGAAUGCGGGAAGGCCUUUCGCUGGGGUUCGAGCCUCGUGAAGCACGAGAGGAUACACACGGGCGAGAAGCCGUACAAAUGCACAGAGUGCGGGAAGGCCUUCAACUGCGGCUACCACCUCACUCAGCACGAGAGAAUCCACACGGGCGAGACCCCAUACAAAUGUAAGGAGUGUGGGAAGGCUUUCAUUUAUGGGUCCAGCCUUGUGAAACACGAGAGAAUUCAUACCGGGGUGAAACCCUACGGGUGUACAGAAUGUGGGAAGAGCUUUAGUCACGGCCAUCAGCUUACACAACAUCAGAAAACGCACAGUGGGCCGAAAUCCUACGAAUGUAAGGAAUGCGGGAAGGCAUGUACCCACCCAAACCAUCUCCGAGAACAUCAGAGGAUCCACAACAGUUGAAGAGCCUCUUGAACACCGUAGCCCGCUCGUAUCUGUGGUUUCGCUUUCCACAGUUGGUUAUCUGCAGUCCACUGCAGUUCAAAAAUAUUAAAUGGAAAAUUCCAGAAAUAACGAAUGCGUAAGUCUCAAAUGGUGUGCCCUUCCGAGUAGCGUGAUGAAAUCUCUCUGUCCGGCUCUAACCGGCCAGGGCUGUGAAUCGUCCCUUGGUCCAGCACAAUCACGCUGUCUACGCUACCCACCCUGCUCGUCACUUAGUAGCCGUCUUGGUGAUCAGACUGACUGUCAUAGCAUCACAGUGCUUGUGCUCAAGCAGUCCCUGCUUUGCUUAACAGCGGCCCCAGAGCAAGAGUAGUGAUGCCAGUGAUUCGGAUAUGCCAAAGAGAAGCCACAAAGUGCUUCCUUUUAAGUGAAAUGUUGAAAGUUCUCAAUAAGGAAAAAGAAAAAAAAUCAUAUACUGAGGUUGCUAAGAUCUACAUGACAAUAAGAUAUUUUGGGAGAGAGAGAUACCUACGUUCAUGUAAUUUUAUGACAGCAUAUUGUUACAAUUGUUCUAUUUUGUUAGUUACUGGUGGUAAUCUCUUACUGUGCCUAAUUUAUAAAUCAAACUUUAGAUACGUAUGUACAGGAAAAAAUGUAGUAUAUAGUAUCGUAUAUAUGUACAAGAAAAAAACAGAGUACUAUCUGUGGUUUCAGGCAUCCACUGGGUCUUGGAACGUAUUCCCCUCAGGUGAGAGGGGACUGUUGUACAAAGAAUGUAGGAAGGCCUCUAGACUACAUCCAUUCCUUCCUCAACACGAGGAAAAAUCAUGGUACAGUUUAACAUAAGAAAGCCUUCACUGAUCACUGUUUUUUUAUUUUAUUUUUUUUUAUUUUUUGGAGACAGAGUCUCCCUCUUGCCCCGGCUGGAGUGCACCACCACGCCUGGCUAAUUUUUGUAUUUUCAGUAGAGACAGGUUUCACCAUGUUGUCCAGGCUGGUGUUGAACUCCUGACCUCAGGUGAUCCACCUGCCUUGCCCUCCCAAAGUGCUAGGAUUACAGGCGUGAGCCACUGCAUCCAGCCCACUGAUCACUCUUCUGCUUACAGAAUAUCAGAAGUCAUUCUAGAGGCAAAUUUGAAUUGUGGAAAAAUCACUUUUUCUUAAUGAUUGUGUUUUUGGUGUAGACGUUUUUAUUGUGUAGGUUAGUUUAAUGAAUACAUAAAGACUACCAAUACCAUUCUGUCUUUAUUCCGUGGCAUCUGUGGAAUAACCCUGCUAAUGUAACAUGUGAAAAAGCCUUUAGUCAUGGCACCCACUCUCUCAGUUGUCCCCACCAUCCCCCGCCCUCCUCCCUGUGAGACACUGGGCCAAAGGCUCACUACCCUUGUGUGUUGUCUGGCACACAGACACUAUUGUGCAUUAUUUGUACAUAAUGAUAGUCACAUCUACCUGAGACUGCUAUUGUGGAAAUUAAAUGUUUGGUACAUGUAAAGUCUUUGAAAGUGUAACUGGAAUAUUGUAUAAGUUCAAUAAAUAUUAACUGUUGUUUUUAUGAUCAUUACUACCAUUUGUGUUGCCAUUCGUGAAUUUUUACAAGAAAACUCCCUGUGGGUGCAAUGAGUCUGGAAAAGACCAUUGAGCCUUCUAGAAGAAAACAUUAAGAGAUUAUUGUCACAACCGUGGGUUAUGCAAUGAUUUCUUAGUACACAAAACACAGCAAACAUAAAAAGUCGUUACACUUCAUCAAAAGUACAAAGUUCUGUUCGUCAAAUGAUGCUGUUAAGAUAGGGGAAAGACAAGAAACAGGACUGGAAGAAGAUAUUUGCUCUACAGUACACCUGACAAAGGAACUCUCAUAGAAAAUAUAAAGAAUCCCUCAAGUUGGAAAAAAAAAAAUCAAAUUAAAGGGGAGAAAACUUAAGCACGUCUCAACAGAAAAUCACCAAAUGGCCAACAAGUAAGUGAAAGUGUAUUCAAUGUCAUUGCUCCUCAAGGAACUGUAGAGUAAAACUACAAUGUGCCGUCACUGUAGACAGUCACCAGGAUGAUCAGAUUAAAAUCACAGUAACAAGGUCGGUUUCUGAUGUCUCGCCACAAAGAAGGAGGAUAAGGGAGUGAGGUGAUGGAUGUUAAUUAGCUUGAUUUAAUCAUUCCACAUUGUAUACAUGUAUCGGAACGUCACCUUGUACUCCAUCAAUAUAAUGCAAUUAUUAUUUGUCAACUAUUAAUAAAGAAAAUCAAAGAUGA